GUUUGAAGUGGCUGAGGAUACUGAUUUAUUAGUUGUAUCAAGAAUAAUUGCCAAAGCGUGUGUGGUGUCGUUGGGUUGCUUUUGAGUGUGAGAUUUAUCGUGAUCCGCAGAUAAACACCGAAGCCCCCGAAUGUAAAUCCUUUGUUUGAAACCCAAUUCGUUGGAUGGAACCAACUAACGCCAACGAAGCCCUCAUGUUUGGUCGUCAUAUUUCUGAACACGCUUUAGGUUGACAAAUGUGGCAGUCAGGAACCACGUUGGAGGCAACAAAGCAUGGUCAAGCUGAACCUGGCUUGGUCACCUUUUCACUUCUAGCUUUGAUCUCGUGCGUGUCAACAAAAAUUUGAGACCCCAUGAGUCGUCGUUUUUCUCCUGAGGGGAAGACAACAACACUCUGCUUCCUCAUUGGCAAACCUUUCUUUUAGCCAACCAUCCAAAACCCAGCAUCCAACCAACCCAGCCCUGCUCGACAAGAACGUAUAGUGACGAUUCUCUUUGAAAUGUGUUUUGUACUACCUAGAUGACCAAAGUGACAAGGCAGAUGUGAAUAUAAAGCAUCAAGCCAAAAGGAUCCUCAUCUUUGUUUGAAGAAGGAAUCCGACGAGCGUGGCGCGAGCGUUGGGAAUGGUAAAAGUUUUGGAACUGUUGUGGAAGAAAGAUAUUAAAAUUGGAGUCGUGAUUUUCCCCCUCUUCAUCUGAUGUGAAGAGGAAGACGGAUGCGGAUAGACGGGGGCGACUUUUAAUGCUCUGACUGAUUAUGAGUUCGUCGUACAACAUUGACGCUCGUGAUUCGGUUCCUACUCUAGGGCAGGUUCGUCCUUUAGAUAGAUUGGGUCCAGGAACUAGAGGAUAAGAUAUCUACUCAAUAUGCCGCCUGCUCCAAUGACAAAAGGCACGGGAUCCUUGGCCCGAAAAUGGCGGAAGAUCAAGAAGCGUUGCUCGAGUUUCUCGUCGGGCGAUGUCCUCAACGGCCUCACGAGGUCCAAGUCAAUGACCGAACGAGAUGCUUUGGGCAGCGAGGACAUGAACCAUCACCAAACAUCUCACCUGGACUCUGACGACGAAGAGGAAGACUUUGAUGAAGGCAUCGGCGAAUUGAACAUCACAGUAGCCACGACAACGCUGGAUGAAGCCUCGUUGUCCAAGUUCCGCAACAUACGCGACAAGCUACAUCAAUGGAAUUUUGACAGAAAACGGAGAAGCAGUCAGGGCGAAUCGUCCUCUUCAUCUUCUAAUGGGCAGGGUCACGGAGUUGCCCAUAGAUGGCAAUGGCAACAAGAGCAUCAACAUCAUUCCUCCACACCGUCCUCCUCCUCGCCCCAAUCCAGUUCUUCGUCAGGUUCGACCAGACCUGUUAUGCGCUCCAGUAGCCUCAAAGGUGAUCUACAUCAUCAGAAGGCUUUGGUCGUGGCUGGCCAGAGUAAUGAGGGGAAUGAACAUGAAGGUGAUCCGGAUCAAGAAGACGGAGACGAUGAAGAUGAUGAGGAAGUGUUUGUGCGAGCCGAUCCUAUUCAUACCAAACACUCGGGUCAGGUUAAAAGUGCCAUGAUAGUGUCUGCCACGAACCCUUACUGCACAGGAGCCCGAGUUCCAGCCAAGUUGAGGACCAAGAAAAGGUUGGGCACCAAUUGGAGCAACACACCCAGUCCAUCUCCGCCCAUCUCCGACGACUCAUCGGAGGGCCAAGGACCCACUCACAGUAACAUUAGCACCGUGUCCUCACUAUCGCACGAUCAAGAUUCGGGAUACGAUGGCUAUUGUCCGACCGUAGACAAGUCCAUGCAUUCCAUUAGCUCCUCAGAAAAUACGUCCGUGACGUCGUCCCUGGAAGAAUCCCAUUAUGGGAACACCACGGUGGGACUGUCACCCAAAGAUUUUGCCAUAUAUGGUCGGACAGCAGUGGGGCGUAACCGUCCUCAAAGUGUGUAUGAGAAGCAAUAUGGUCCUGUUCAGCAUUGUUUGGCCACGCCCGAGUUCGAUCACACCACCUACUCGCCCCGAUCUCAAAUCGCUACAGUGGUCAACCUAGUCAAUCGAGAGCCUCAACCGCCCGCCCGACCCAUUCCCGAGCGCGGCCAAGGGGCGGUCCCUCCUCCACUACCGCCCAGACCGACGAGUUUCAUACCUGCCACAUCGUCCACGCCACACCCAUCAUAUCAUACCACUUCUUUACCAAGAAGCCGAAGGUUGAGGAAACUAGCCCAAGACCAAAGACGAAGUUACCAUCAAGAUGCCGGUUCGGAAUCCCCUCGUCUCAAGGGCGGUUUCUCACAUUCCACUACCGAGGUCAAAAAGGGUGACUCAGUGGAUGGAGACGGGUCUGACGACACUCAAAAUGGAACAUUGAAGAAGACGUCUUCGAAGUUUUGUACAUUACCUAGACACAAACACCAGCAACAAUUCAGCAUUGAGUCCAUUUCCUUUGAAAAGGGUCCCGGACAGAAGAGCUUGGGUUUUUCCAUAGUCGGAGGAAAAGACAGUCCCAAAGGAUCGAUGGGGAUUUAUGUCAAGACGAUAUUCCCGAACGGUCAAGCACUGGACAAACUUUGCGAAGGGGACGAAAUCUUCUCGAUAAACAGUGUACCCGUUCAAGGGAUGACACACCAAGAAGCCAUUGCCAUGUUCAAGGAAGUCAAGUUAGGAUCGCUUAUUUUAGUGAUUGGACGACGCACUCAGCUGAAAAAGAAGGCCGUCAGUUUUGAGGAAUGAAGCUGACCUGAAGAAGCCCAAUAUGCCUAAACAUUCGCCUAACUAAUUUUGUAUCAGAUUAUCCAUGAUAUUCUCUUUAAUUCUUGUUUGCUGUUGUGAUAGAUGUUCUCUUAAAUAAACUACAAUUCACAA